CCUCUCUCCAGCCGGCGGCGGUUGUUGUUCAGCGGCGGCGGCCGCAGCCGCAGCUCGGGAAGCACCCUCUGGCCGCCCUCCCGCCCGCCCGCCGGCCGGCAGGCCCGCGCGCGGCCAUGGAGCUGGAGGUGCCGGACGAGGCGGAGAGCGCCGAGGCGGGGGCCGUGACCUCGGAGGCAGCCUGGGCCGCGGAGAGCGGGGCGGCAGCAGGUUCGGCCCAGAAAAAGACAACUCCGGUGGAGGCCCCGCUGAUGACAGGACAGCCAGGCCCUGGCCACGGGAAGAAGCUGGGCCAUCGGGGAGUGGACGCGUCCGGAGAGACCACCUACAAGAAGACCACGUCCUCCACCUUGAAGGGGGCCAUCCAGCUGGGCAUCGGCUACACCGUGGGCAACCUGAGCUCCAAGCCAGAGCGUGACGUGCUCAUGCAGGACUUCUAUGUUGUGGAGAGCAUCUUCUUCCCCAGUGAAGGCAGCAACCUCACCCCCGCCCACCACUUCCAGGACUUCAGGUUCAAGACCUACGCACCCGUUGCCUUCCGCUACUUCCGGGAGCUCUUUGGGAUCCGGCCGGAUGACUACUUGUACUCGCUGUGCAACGAGCCACUGAUCGAGCUGUCCAACCCCGGCGCCAGCGGCUCCCUCUUCUACGUCACUAGCGAUGAUGAGUUCAUCAUCAAGACGGUGAUGCACAAAGAGGCUGAGUUCCUGCAAAAGCUGCUGCCUGGUUACUACAUGAACCUCAACCAGAACCCGCGGACGCUGCUGCCCAAGUUCUACGGGCUGUACUGCGUGCAGUCGGGCGGCAAGAACAUCCGCGUGGUGGUGAUGAACAACGUCCUGCCGCGCGUCGUCAAGAUGCACCUCAAGUUCGACCUCAAGGGCUCCACGUACAAGCGGCGCGCCAGCAGGAAGGAGAAGGAGAAGAGCCUGCCCACCUACAAGGACCUGGACUUCAUCCAGGACGUGCCCGAGGGGCUGCUGCUCGAUGCCGACACCUUCUCCGCGCUCGUCAAGACGCUGCAGCGCGACUGCCUGGUGCUGGAGAGCUUCAAGAUCAUGGACUACAGCCUGCUCCUGGGCGUGCACAACAUCGACCAGCAGGAGCGGGAGCGGCAGGCCGAGGGCGCGCAGAGCACCGCCGACGAGAAGCGGCCGCUGGGCCAGAAGGCGCUCUACUCCACAGCCAUGGAGUCCAUCCAGGGCGGGGCCGCGCGUGGGGAGGCCAUUGAGACCGACGACACGAUGGGGGGGAUCCCUGCUGUGAAUGGUCGAGGGGAGCGGCUGCUGCUGCACAUCGGCAUUAUCGACAUCCUGCAGUCCUACAGGUUCAUCAAGAAGCUGGAGCACACCUGGAAGGCCCUUGUCCACGACGGGGACACGGUCUCCGUGCACCGGCCCAGCUUCUACGCUGAGCGCUUCUUCAAGUUCAUGAGCAACACUGUCUUCAGGAAGAACUCCUCCUUGAAGUCAUCGCCGUCCAAGAAGGGCCGAGGUGCUUUGCUGGCCGUCAAGCCCCUGGGGCCCACUGCUGCCUUCUCCGCCAGCCAGAUCCCCAGCGAGCGGGAGGAGGCGCAGUACGACCUGCGAGGGGCCCGCAGCUACCCUACGCUGGAGGACGAAGGCCGGCCAGACCUCCUGCCCUGCACACCACCUUCUUUUGAGGAGGCCACCACCGCCUCCAUCGCCACAACCCUGUCCUCCACAUCCCUGUCCAUCCCUGAGCGGUCCCCAUCAGAGACCUCAGAGCAGCCACGGUACAGGCGGCGCACACAGUCCUCUGGACAGGAUGGCCGGCCCCAGGAGGAGGUGCACGCAGAGGAGGACCUGCAGCAGAUCACGGUGCAGGUGGAGCCCGCAUGCAGCGUGGAGAUCGUGGUCCCCAAGGAGGAGGACGCGGGAGAGGGGGCGUCCCCGGCCUGCGCCUCUGCCGCCGCUGUCGAAGCCGAAACCGCCAGCCAGGCCUCCGAGCCCGCCAGCCAGGCCUCCGACGAGGAGGACGCUCCCUCCACGGACAUCUACUUUCCCAGCGACGAGAGGAGCUGGGUGUACUCCCCGCUCCACUAUAGCGCGCAGGCCCGCCCAGCCUCCGACGGCGAGAGCGACACAUAAGUCCUGUGCAGUCACUGACCUGGAGCGGAGCGCCUGCUGCUGCCCUGGCCGCUGCCUGGAGGCACUGCCCACCCCGCUCAGCCCAGAGCUCGGGAGACGCCCACCUGGCCUCCGCUCGCCCUCGUCCUCCCCUCGACGACGCCGACGCCCGGGCUGCAGAGCGAUCCCACCCGGGCUGCCCGCCCAGCCCCGGCUCCCCGUCAACUACCUGCGCCUGAUACUGUGAACCCUCCUGAGUUUCCAAUCAUGUAUUUAUUUUGGGUCCUUGUUCUUUGCACAGAGGUGGCAGCACACGUGUGUGUGUAUUUUAUAGAAAAAGAAAAAGGAAAAAAAAACCCACAACAGAAAAGAAGAAACUCCAUUCCACUGCACUUCUGUUCUGUGCUGUGCUUGCAUGUGUCUUGCUGAGGGAGCAGGCCCUCGGCUCUGGGGACCUGCGCCCCAGUGGCCCUGGUGCCCCAGCUGGAAUCCACUCCGAGUCCCAGCUGGGAUGGACGGCUGCCUAGGAUGGAAAGGCCGCGGGGUCCCUGUGGGUCCCCAGGGCACCUCUGGAGGCCGCCCACGGUGCCUGCCAGGCCCUGAGCUGGACACCGUCCUUGAGGGGGUGGUCUGCACCCAGCCGCCCCUGCCAGCUGUGUCUGUUUCCGCCACCUGCCUCCCGGUGACCACAAGCUGGACUCUCCCACCAAGACUAGAACCUCCACGUGGACUCACAGCUGCCCCAUGUCGGUGGAGCUCAGAGCUGUGGGCUUCUCUCUCCAGAAGACAGUUCUGAGCCCUGGGAGGAGGCAGCCAGGCCCUCGGGCUACGGGAUGUCCAGAGAGCUGUGUCCUGGAGUAGAGCUCCCGCAGUCAGGCCUCCCAGCCCAGAGAAACAGACCCCUCUCCAGUAAAAGGCCCCCAGGACUGAGGUGGGCAGCCUCUCUUUUAAAUGAUGGUGACAUUGGUGCAGACUAAAGGAUAGGGUAAGGAAUUCUUAUGGAAAACCAGUUGUUUUUGGAUUGUCAUCUUCAGCAGCAGCAGCCCCUCUUGGGCCCAGAGCCUCGCAGGGUGGUCUCCGGGAGCCCCCACUGUGUCCACAGGGGGCUGACAGCUUUGCAGGGUCUCUCCCGCCUCCUGAGAGAUGACACAUCAGAGAUGGAUUCCCCCUGCCACUUGGCUUAACCCCACUUGGCCUGCAUGGGUGGAGCUGGGAGCCAGCUACGAGUGGAGGCGACACCUGCUGGAAGAAUUCUCCCCACCUGAGACAGCUAGAGAAGCCACCAGUCUAGGAGCUUGGAUUUUUCAAGUCUGAUGCAAGUUCACGCACCACUGUCCUGCUGCGCGGGCCCCUCUUUGCCUCCCCUCACACUGCCCGCUUCGUAUGCCUGGAGGGCCCACGUCGGCCCCCUGGAGAAUCAGGCCGUGCCCCGGGGACAGCACCCCGGCUCUGAGCAGGGCCUCCAGGGACACAGUUGGGGAAGAGGACCCAAAGAGGACCUGUCAGAACAAGCCUGCAAGGGUCCCAGACUAGAAGCAAAACUGUGUCCUCCCCUCCUGCCAAGGAGAGAGUGUCCGCACCCCGGAGUGUCCUUCGCCCGGACUUCACCAGUCCGUGCCUGCCCUGCCCUACCUGCCGAGGGGGGAGGCGGGCUAAGUGGGCCAAGGUCUGAAGGUGACGAAAGGGGACUGUUGUGUUGCCCAGAUGCCGAUACUGAAGUCCCCACCCAGCUCCCAGCGUCCGGGCACAGAGACAUGGUGAGUCCUUUGGGGACAACCAGAGCAGCAGGCCCCAUGCCCAGGUCAUCCUCUGCCAUCUGGAGCCUCGGGCACUCAGCACCCUAGGCUUCCCUGAGUGAAUCCCAGAGCAAAGUGUUGGUCAGAGGCUGACCUGGAGCAAUUUGCAAACCUCUUGGAUAUCAUGACAUUUAACUUUCGCUAAGUCACGAACACCCCUUUGGAGCCCUGCUUUGUGUUGGUUGCAUUCUUUGUCCCUUUUCAGAGAACUGUCAUAUGGAUGCAAAGUGGUCCCUGGACCGGGCCGACGGAAGGCAUGUGCUUCUGUUCAGGGCAAGGGUGGGAAGGCAAGAUCUUAUUUAUAACGUGCAGCGAACUCACGGCCUUCCCGAGGCCCUCCGCAAGGAGGGCCCUGGACCCACCCAGCUGUCUCGCCCCGCCGCAGGAUAGUAAUCUGUCAGCUCUUCCGUGGCGAUUCGCUGAUUCCGUCCUGGCUCGUCCCUGACGGCUGCUGUCAGUAACAUGGGCACUGUCUGCAUUGCCGUACUGUAAAAAGGAAAGGCAUUUUCUGAGACUGACAAGGUGGAGCCUUCCAUGUGUCCCCUGCCAGCCUCCGUCCUCUGCCGCCUCUCGCCCCCUCCCUCCACCACCUGGCUCAGUGCAAUACUCCUAUCCUGGCGGGGUCCCUUGCCAUGGUACUGUCGCCGCAGCCCCUCGGUCCCCAGCCCAGGACGAGCACCCUCAGCCGCCUUCUCUGGUGGUUCAGUUGCAUCACCUGUCCCCACCCCAACCUCAUUUUUAUGGCCGAACUGAUUUCGAAACACAAUGAAACUGCAAACCUUGUGUGUCUUAAUUCUCUCCGGGGGUCCCGUGUGCUCAGCCCCCGUGGUCUGGUGUGUGACAAUCCGGAGCACAGCCUCCUCGGGCACAGGAUGCCGUCCCGCUCAAACCCAGAGCCGCGGGCGCCCCUGUAACCCUGCAGCCCCUGCUGGCCCCAUAACACCCAUAUGCAGCCCCAGACCCCCACCCCAGCCCAGCUGCCUCCCUCUUUUUACGUUGAAGAGAUCUCUCUAAUAAAUCGGGUAAUAAGCAUCA